AUUCAACCACUUUGCCUAUUAUGCAAUAAAUUUUUCUUCCUUGUAGACACCAGGAUAUCAGCAAUCUCAUGCCUGGAACCUUCAAAUUAAAGUUGACAGGUGAAACAGGAAAAGGACUAUAAAGAUCAGCCGCAACCACAAAGAACGGCCAAACAAAUUCCAUUCUCUCGAAAGAGUCAUCAUCUAUAUGCAUAUAUCCUUUAUUCAUGCUAUUAUUUUUAAAGUUUAAUAAAAAAUUUGCAGUAAAUUUUUCUUGAAAUGGACCCAAGGCUUUUAAUGGCUGUGAAGCAAAAUGAUAAUACAUGUUUUGAAAGAUUGGUGCAGGAGAACAGAAGCGUACUACUCCAACAGGAAUGUGAUAAAUCCUUGAAUACAAUAUUACACCUGGCUUCAAGAAUGGAGCACACUGAAUUAGCCAGAAGAAUUGUUCAGUUAUGCCCUGACUUGGUUGAAAUGGAGAAUGCUAUGGGGGAAACUCCCUUGCAUGAAGUCUCUCGUAAUGGAAAUGCAGAUAUUGCUACCCUUCUGUUGGAGACCAAUCCAUGGAUGGCUUCAAUGCUUAAUCUUGCGGACCAGAGUGCAUUUUCCAUAGCUUGUAGUAAUGGGCAUCUCGAUGUGGUGAAACUCCUUUUGAAUCUACACUGGUUAAUGGACAUCGAAGAAGAAAGAACGGGUCUAGAUGAGAUGAUAUCAACAGAAACAGAUAUUGUGAGGGAAAUAUUAAAAAUGCGGCCAAAAUUUGCUUUGAAGACCGACAAAGAUGGUUGCGUACCAUUGCACUAUGCUUGUGAAAAGAGGCAGUUCAAAAUUAUAAGAUUGCUUAUACAGUUUGCCCCGGCCAGUGCUAACAAGUUUAAUAAAAAUGGUUACACACCUUUGCACUAUGCGGCAAUGAAUGGUGAGACAGCCAUCCUUGAAGAAUUUAUGUCACUAGCUCCCACAUCUUUUAAUUUUUUAACCGAACUUGGUCAAGAAACGGCACUUCAUCUUGCUGCUAAAUUCGGCAAGUACAAUGCUUUUGUUCUCAUGGCUUCCAAAUACACUGAUCUUAUACAAAAGGCAGACAGAAACGGUAGCACAGUCUUGCAUCUUGCUGUCUCUGCUAGGUUCUAUCAAUUAGCAGAAUACAUAAUCGUUGCGACGCACAUCGAUGUCAAGCUUAGAGAUCAUGAAGGACAUACAGCACUCGACCUUCUCAGUCAAGCGAAUUUCUGUUCUAAAUUCAAGCAUAUUAAGGAUCUGUUGGUCAAAUCCAAGAAUUCAGGGAAUGAUGUUGGCAACAAAUCGAACAAACAACUUAUAAUUGAAGCUGGAACCAGUCUAGGAGCUCAUACUGUCAUUGAAUCUGAAGAACUCGAUGAUAAUGAAUCAGAACAAAGUUCCUCAGGAAGAGGCGAAUUGGAUCGACACAAGCAUCUAAGUGAGAGACGCAGGAAAGAACUGAUCAAGCACCACAAAAGCCGACGCAACAGGCAAUACGAGACACAAAGGGAGGCACUACAAAAUGCAAGAAACACAAUCAUACUAGUAGCCAUUUUGAUCGCAUCAGUAGCUUUUACUGUUGGUCUGAAUCCCCCUGGAGGUGUCUAUCAGGAUGAAGAAACACUGAAAGGACAAUCAAUUGCUGGUAGAAAAGUGGCUUUCAAGAUUUUUGCAAUAAGUAACAGCAUUGCAUUGUUCACAUCUUUGUGCAUCGUAAUUAUUCUAGUGAGCAUCAUUCCCUUCCAGAGAAAAGAACUGAUGAGGCUGAUGGUGAUCACUCACAAGGCCAUGUGGAUAGCUGUGUCUUUCAUGGCAACAGCUUUUGUUGCAGCUGGAUGGGUGAUAAUGCCACAUGAUCAAGGGAUAUGGAUGCUUGCGGCAAUAAUCGCUAUCGGUGGGGGUAGCGUGACUGCUGUUUUUAUCUAUUUGGGAGUUCAUAUCGUUAGACAUUGGUUGAGGAAACUGAAAUGGAGGGAAGAAAGAGGUAAAAAGACGAAGAUAUUUGCUGUCAACACCGAAAGAUCCAUCAGCAAAGGAGAAAUCCAGCCUCGCUUCAAAUCGCAAUCAGAAUCCUCCAACUCUGAUGUUGAAAGUGCAAAAUCAUUCGGGUAUCAUACAUAUUAAAGGCAUGAAAACUAGUAUGAUCAGUAUCUGCUUGUUUCUUAUCUGAUGAAGAAUUUCAGAAAUAAUUUUACUCUUUUCUUACGCAAAAGGUCAAGAUGUUUUAAAAUCUGCUCGUUUCUCAUUCUGGUGAUCAAUUUGUAUUAGAAUUGAAGAUAACUGGACUAACUAAUGUUUAUCUCAGAAUGAGUAAUAUCCUCGCUCAUAAUUGCUCUCAACAUCUGAAUCCAUGUCCCUCUCCCUGCCACUUUUCCCUUGCCAUUGUCUUUUCCUUAGCUUCUGAUCAGCGAGCAUUACAUAUAUAGCAAUGAAAACACUUCCCAGAAUGCUAGCACCCAAAAGCAGAACCGUCACAGGCAUCCAUUCUAUCCCUCGACCAUAUGACAUUAUCAGCCAUGUGGCCGCAAGGUAACACGUUCCCAUGAAUGACACUGCCACCAACAUAAUCCUAUCAGCAAUUUUGAUUAUUCUUAUCUGAGCUUCUCUCCGGAAAGGGAUGAUCCUCACUAGAAUAAGAACCACGGCAAGAGAAGUGAACAAUGCACUAGUAUUAGUGACUGCAAAAACCUUGAAAGCUAUUGUUUUAACUGCAGUUGAUUUUCCUUUCAUUGGUCCAUCUUGGUAAACACCGCCUGGAGGAUUUAUACCUGCUGUAAAUGUCACUGUUGCUAUCGGAGUUGCAACUAAUAUGAUUGUGCUCCUAGCAUUUUGCAAUGCCUCUUGUUGCAUCUUUUCCAGAUCUAUCACUGCCGUCGGUGGAGCUGAAAAGAGGAGUUUGUAGGAGACGAGAUUCAGGUUCACUAAAGGCUCGAUUAUGAAGUGACCGAGUUAGGGUUGGCCGUGAAUCGUAAUUCGACACUACUCCAUUGACGUUAUUGUCCUUCAUUUCUGCAGAUCUUUUAGGUUUAAUAAAGGCUUGAAAUUUACGACGUGAGGUUAGGAGUGGCUGUGAAUGGUAUUUAUUGUACACUAAUUCCUUAACGUUAAUGUCUGCACAUCUCUUACCACCUGCUUCGAUUAAUAAGGUUUCAAGAGCUCGUCUCUCUUCACCAGAACCAGCAGAAUUGUCAAGUAUGUCAAGGGCUGUGAAUUCCAUGUUGUUCUGGGCAUUGACUUCUACAAUCUUUUCCUGGAUGAAGUACUCUGCAAUCUGAAACAAACUUGAUGUGAGAUGCACUACCUACAUUAUGAUAUGGGUUUAAUAGUUUCCAAUAGUUUUUCAUCUUUAAAUAUUUAAGAAAAGAAAAAAAAAUUAAAUAGGAUAAAAUUCUUUUGUUGAAUGAAUUUGAAUAAGUGAUAGGGUUAGUCUUGAUUAUUGAAUAGAUUUCUGUCUUUGGAAAAAGAAAAUACUCAAAUCACCGGCCAAUGUUAAUAGACGAGAAAAAGUAAAAGAGGGUUUAUUGUGGUUUCGUCU